ACUCAUCACAAAUCUCUCUCUCUCUCUCUACAAGCUCCAGCUAGACUGUCCUGCUCUGCUUCGGCGCUACUGUGCAGUGUGCACAGCCAGCCAGCUCUGCAGCAGAGCAGAGUCCGGCUGUGAGCCCUGACCAGAGAGGAUUCAGUGCCAUGGAGAGACCUGCGCAGGCGCCCACGCAGCUGCCGCCGGGGUUCCGGUUCCACCCCACCGACGAGGAGCUGGUAGUGCUGUACCUCCGCCGGAAGGCCCUGGCUCGCCCGCUGCCGGCCGCCGUCAUCCCCGUCGUCCACGACGUCGCCGGGCUCGAUCCAUGGGACCUCCCUGGGGCAAGCGAAGGGGAGGGUUACUUCUUUAGCCUGCGGCGAGCGCCGGCGACCGGCCGUGGCAGCCGCAGGAGGAGAGCUGGGAGCGGGUACUGGAAGGCCACGGGCAAGGAGGAGCCGGUGUUCCUGCAGUGCGGCGGCGGCGGCGUAGGCGGCAAGAGGCAGCUGCUCGUGGGCGGCAAGACGGCGCUCGCCUUCCACCGCAGUGAGCCGUCGCCGCCGUCGUCGUCGCGGACAGGCUGGGUCAUGCACGAGUACCGGCUCGCCGCCGCGUCCCGCGGCGUGGCCGAGCAGAGGAAGAAGAAUGCGAGCCACGGUUGUUGCGAUGCUGAGCCGGGAGAGUGGGUCGUGUGCCGGGUCUUUCUGAAGAAGGGAGCAAGAAGAAGCAGGCCGGGCCGGGAUGGUAACCACAGCAGAGCUCUGAGACACCGCGCAUCCGCUGCGCCGCCGCAGCUCCGGGAAGGUGUGGGAGGACGGCAGCCGUUGCUGUUCCCGGCGCCACAGUCGCCGUCCUCAAGCUGUGUCACCGGCGUUACCGACUUGUCAGACGAAGAAGACGAAGUCAGCAGCGGCAGCAUAACAAGAGUUGCACCUCAGAGAGAGGCCUGAUGGGGAUUUUAAGUGUUCCCUCCCCCCUCUCUCAUGGUCCCGUAGCCCAACCUUUUUCUGGUACCAUACAAUGAUGAUGAGUUAAGCACGAGAUAAUCAGGUUUAGGCAUGUCCAGCGCAGGAGUGAUCCCGAAAUAUCAUAUCAAAUGGAUCUGGCAACCUGAGUUUAAAUCAGGAGCAAUAGUUUCUACGCUUCAUCUGUGAAGCAGCAUCCACUUUGAUUUGGAACUAGAAAAUGGGCGCUGCAACCUGCAACGGCCCGAUGGUGUGUAAAAUCUAAAAACGUAGCCAGGCAUUCUUUAAGAUGUACUAUCUCCAUCCUAAAAUAUAAUUUAUUUUAGACU